UGACGUCACCGGUUCCGUCCCAACACGGAAAUAUGGAAUAGCGACGUGAACGGCUGCGCUGCUGUUAUUAUGGAUUUAAAGUGGUACUACUAGCUUAACUUUCAUCUUGUUUAUUGACUACCCGCGCGGCUUUAGCAAUGUUAAACGGCCGGUGCUAACUUUCUGAUAGAUGGACGCCAACGCUGGAAAUGGAGAGAGAGUUCGACCUCUGUUGUUAGUUCAAUAGCUUUAACCCUCCGUUUGUUCAAAGCCAUGAAACAAAGUGGUUUGAGGGUCAUGGGGGCUCUGGAACGCCUGCUGCUUUCUGUCCUGCUGCUGUCCUGGGAAGGCAAGCUAUUUCAGGUUGGAGGGGUCAGAUCAGUCACCCUACCAGAAUCCCUCCUGUUCGUCUCCACGCUGGACGGUAGUCUUCAUGCUGUCUCCAAACAGUCAGGAGACAUAAAGUGGACCCUCAGAGAAGACCCCAUUAUUCAAGUACCGGUCUACCUCACAGAGCCGGGCUUUCUCCCAGACCCCAAUGAUGGCAGUUUGUAUGUUCUGGGCGGCAAACACAAGGAAGGACUGAUGAAACUGCCCUUCACCAUCCCAGAGCUGGUUCAGUCGGCUCCCUGCAGGAGCUCUGAUGGUAUACUCUAUACAGGUAAGAAGCAGGAUGUGUGGUUCGUGGUGGAUCCUGAGACAGGGGAGAAGCAAACCAGUUUAACCACCUCCACCUCCGAAUCCAUCUGCCCUAACACUCCCCUGCUGUACAUUGGACGCACAGAAUACAUGGUUACCAUGUUUGACACCAAGACACAAGAGCUGCGAUGGAAUGCCACAUACAACGAUUACUCUGCGCCACCUUAUGAUGACAAACAAGAGUACAAGAUGGCCCAUCUUGUGUCCAGUGGUGAUGGACUUGUUGUGACAGUUGACAGAGAGACAGGUGACGUCUUGUGGAGCCAGAACUAUGGAUCGCCCGUCGUAGGGGUCUAUCUGUACUCUGGCGACACACUAAGACACGCCCCCCACUUGUCCCUUGCCAUGGAAACGCUACGCUUCCUCACCUUCUCCUCUGCCAACGACCAUGAAGACGCACCCUCUACGUUAAAGUGGAGCUAUCAGUUUGUGAAGGAGCAAGCCACCGCUCAAACACAACUUGUACCCACUCUCUAUGUAGGAAAGUUGGACUCCCACCUCUAUGCCUCCACUUCCCUUGUCCACCAUGGAGUCUCGUUAGUGCCUCGGGGACUGACCUUGGCUCGAAUCGAGGGUCCAGUGACGGCCGGAGUGACCGUCAGAGAACGAGGGGAGUGUGAGAUCACACCGUUCACUGACGUGCGCUACCCACCAGGGAGCACAAACAGCCGGAAAAACCACUGGCUGCUAAUAGGUCACCACGAGCUUCCUCCAGUGGCUCACACCACCAUGCUGAGGGAUUUCCCAGUCGGCCUGCAGCGUUCUGGUGAGGCAGUCAUCCCCCCCCGCCCCUCUGCCUCCUCCGCCUCCUACUACCAUCAGCACUACUUCCAGACAGUUGCUGGUGGCCAUGGCGACACUAAUGCUAACAGAGGAGGGCUUGAUGCGAGGACAACAGAACAGGCCCAGAGGCCGGUUGCUGUGCUGCCUGUCUAUAUGACUCAGGACCGUCUGACUCUAGCUGUUCUGACGCUGCUGCUGGGAGGAUGGCUGGCCUUCGCACUCACGUACCCCGUUCGUGCAGCUCAUCAGCUGAAAGCUCAAAGGCAGCUGGAGGAGGCCUUUGAGUCUCGCCUCCAGCGAAUGCAUAACAACAUGCAGACCAACCUGCAAACAAACAUGCAGAAUAACAUGCAGAAUAACAUGCAGAAUAACAUGCAGAACAACAUGCAGAACAACAUGCAGACGAGCAUGCAGACCAACACGCAGAGAGGGACCUCGGCUUCUUCAGAAACAACCCUUUCGACUGACACAAACCUCUCCAGUGGCUCUCCGCCUGCAUCUGCUGACCCUCCACCAAGUCCUCACGCUCACAGCAGCACCUCAGAUGUUGAUACAAAUGGCCCCACAGGGCACAACCCCACAGCAGUAGGAAACGGUGAGGAAGUGCAGGUGGGUAAAAUCUCCUUCACUCCAUCUGAGGUGCUCGGACAUGGCACAGCGGGAACUUUUGUCUUCAGGGGUAAUUUUGAUGGACGCCGCGUUGCGGUGAAGCGAAUACUGCCUGAGUGUUUCGAGGUAGCAGAGCGUGAGGUGCAGCUCCUCCGGGAGUCCGACACUCACCCGAACGUCAUCCGAUAUUUCUGCACAGAGAGAGACCGCCUCUUCACUUACAUCGCCAUCGAGCUGUGCACUGCCACCCUGCAACAGUAUGUGGAGGAUCCGUCUUGCUUCCCUGAGGUGAAUCCUAUAACUCUGCUGGGACAGACCAUGUGUGGCCUCUCACACCUCCACUCACUCAACAUAGUCCAUCGUGACCUGAAGCCUAGGAACAUCCUGCUUUCUGGUCCCAGUGCGCUGGGUCAGGUCCGAGCUCUUAUCUCUGAUUUUGGACUCUGUAAGAAGAUCCCAGACGGUCGGAGCAGCUUCUCCUUGAGGUCAGGAAUACCAGGAACUGAGGGGUGGAUAGCUCCUGAAGUACUACGAGACACUCCGGGCAACAAACCGACAGCGGCGGUGGACGUGUUCUCAGCAGGCUGUGUGUUCUACUUUGUGGUCAGCAGGGGGCAGCAUCCAUUUGGUGAUUCAUUAAGACGGCAGGUCAACAUCCUGUCAGGAGAAUAUUCACUCUCACAUUUUAUGGACGAUAUACACGAUGACGUCAUAGCACAGGAUCUGAUCGAGCAAAUGAUCAGUGGGGAGCCCUCCACCCGGCCCUCCACCGCCUGUGUGCUCAAACAUCCGUUCUUCUGGAGUCCCGAGAAGCAGCUGCUCUUUUUCCAGGACGUCAGUGACCGCAUAGAGAAGGAACCGGCAGACAGUCCGAUUGUGGUCAAACUGGAGACUGCAGGAAGAGCAGUGGUUCGAACCAACUGGAGGAUGCAUAUCUCUGUGCCUCUACAGACAGACUUGAGGCGGUUCAGGACAUAUAAAGGAAACUCAGUCCGAGAUCUGCUGAGAGCCAUGAGGAAUAAGAAGCAUCACUACCACGAGUUGCCACCGGAGGUGCAGGAGACUCUCGGCGAGCUGCCCGAAGGCUUCGUCAGCUACUUCACCUCACGGUUUCCACGGUUACUGAUGCACACGCACGCAGCUCUGCAAAUCUGCUCCCCUGAGAGACUGUUUCACCCCUACUAUCUGCAACCCAGCGACAAAUUGCAAUAACAUGACACUCUAUAAUCUGCGUACCCUCACACACACACACACACACACACACACACACACACACACCCACACACACACACACAUUGGUGAACUUACAGUGCCCCUUUAUUGCUUUUGUAAAGCCCAUACUGUUUCGGGGGAAGAUACAGUGAAGAAGUUUUUAUAUGGCUUGAGUUUUUAGAUUAAUUAGGUUUUUUUGCAGCUGUUGAUCAAGAAACAAUUUUAAGAUGAAAUUACAAAGCACUCCGACUGCAUGCCUCCACGGAAGCAGCAUACAUUUGUUUUUUUAAUAAUAAUUGUAAAUAUUUCUAAAUUCCAUUUUACCGUGUAACUCCAUUAGAAUGAGUGUAUUCAGAAUAGUUCAGCCACAUGUUUCCUCUAAACUGAUUCAGGAUAAAGGCUUUCGGUGAGUUUUAUAAAAGUCACCGACAUGUUUAAGACAUUACGGGGAUUCUGUUACAAGAGCACUGCCUGAAGGAAACAAACACAUUGCAGUCCUUAACUGAGGAGAUCUGGAGAACACGGUCAAAGGAAGAGCUUUUUAAUAAGCUGCAGCAAAAAAAAAGAAAAAAGAAGAAGAUAUAACCAUGUACUGUUAUGGCACCGGUUUAAGCUCUGAGUUGGCUGAUGUGUGAAGAGUCUUGCAUCCUUAUUCUACAUUAGUCCUUUUUUAAAUUAGAUUAGUUUUUUUAAGCAAAGCAACCAACUCAAAUUCAGUCCAGGAGAAACGCAGCUGUUAUCUCUCAAGUGCUAAAGUAAUUGGAACAAAGCACAAAUGUUCCAUAAUUCUCACAAUAUUAAAGUAAUAAAAAGUACGUUGCACGGCGUGAAAAGCCAUUUUGCCAGGCUUCAAGUAAUGCGUACUGGCAGCUUCGAGUGGGGUUUGGAUGUGCGUGACGGCCACGAAUGUUCGUUCGAAUCAACAAUGACCGACGUGAUAGACAGAUGGUUCAUCCAAUCACCUGCCAGGUAUUUUUUUUUAAAGUGCCUGCCCUUUCCCAAAAAACGACUCAGAAGGUUCUGUGUAACAAACCAUCCGGAGCGUCGGGUUACUAAAGAAACGCCCUAAAACUAUCAUUUGUAUCCUUGGCCCAUUGCACCAGAGUUAAUGAAAGUAUGGUUACAGUUUAGAGAUCUACUGCUAACAGACAAACACAUGGAAAACACAACCUAUUUAUUACUUCUUUUUUUUUGAUUAUUUUUUGGGGCUUUUUCCCCGCUUUAUUUCAAAGUGACAGUGGAUUCAUAGGAAAGGUGGAAGAGAGAUGGGGGAUGACACGCAGCAAAGGGCCGCAGGUCGGAUUCGAACCCUGGCCGCUGCAAGGGACUCAGCCAAGAUGGGGCGCACACCUUACUGGGUGAGCUAGAGGCCGCCCUUAUUUUAAGGUAUUUUUGUAGACUUUUUAUUUUACUUUAUUACUGGAUAAUUAAUAGCGUAGACAGACAGGGGAGAGAGAGAGUUUUGAUGUCCAACAAAGGUCUUCAACAUGAGGCCCCCUAAAAAAAAAAAAAACCUUUGUCUGUAAUUUAUAUAAUGUUAUAUAAUAUGUCCUUAAAAUCUGAUCGGCCUAUGUAACCGUGUUGUAUUUUAGACAAAUGAUGUCUGAUUUGGUUCACACGAGCAUAUUGUAAAAGGUGAUAUUCACCUAGUAAUAGCUCUGGGGUCCAGAUGGAAUCGCACCACAGACCACAGGUCAGGUGCACACACUUUGUCACAGCACGACACGACACAGACACUGGACAAAAUGUUUUUUAUUUAAAAAAAAAAAAUAUAUAUACAUUUCAGAAGAAAUCUCUGUAAACCCAGUUUACGUCCCCUCUGUCCCUGUUGCUGCUGUGCUCCUCUCAGCUCCUCUGGAGGAAGGGCCCGCCAUAUUUGCUUUGCUGUUUCUUUUGUAUUUGAUGUGUGUGUCUGAAUGUAGCUACACUGACUGAAGAAUGGACUGAGCCUUGUUUUUCACUUGAAACAUAACAUGGUGCAUACUAGUCAAAUAUCAUUGGCACUUAAAUGUGGGCAAUAUGCAUAUUCUGGGAAAAUAUGAUUCAUGACCAGUGUCUGCAGGCAGUAAUGCACAUUUUGCCAAUUCAAUUUUCAUUUCCAAACACUUUUUUUAAACAAAAAUGGAAUACACGUCACCACUCCUGAAUGUUGACAUUGCUUGAGCUUUUGAAUUUCUCCAGCUUCUCAAAAUGUCGCUAAAUGCUCUGUAGUAGGAUGAAUGAUGAAGAUUCUAACUUUUGUACGUUGUUUUAAAUAAGUGGAUUAAACUGACGCUUUGGGUGUGCCAAAGAAUGAAUAAAUCAA